AUGCCCGGUGGUGAUUUAUACUACUGGCUGGAGUACUACGACACCUUCACAGAAGAACAGGCCCGCUUCUACCUUGCGGAGACGGUCCUCGCUCUCGAGGCUCUCCACGACCUCGGCUACAUCCAUCGCGACCUCAAACCGGACAACAUGCUGCUAGACGCGAGGGGUCACCUGAAGCUGGCCGACUUCGGUUCCUGCGUCCGCGUGGAUGCGGACGGCCGCUACUUCUGCACCUCGCCAAUCGGCACGCCCGACUACAUUAGCCCUGAGAUGCUCAACUGCCAGUCCAAAGCAGGCUACAUCGGCCCGGCUUGCGAUUGGUGGGCGCUCGGUGUGAUCGCCUUCGAAAUGCUCUUCGGUGAGACAGCGUUUUAUGGACAAUCACUUGUGGAAACCUACUCGCGUAUCCUCGGCCACGAGAAAUCCCUCAAGAUUCCCACCGACACGGAAGUCACACCAAAUUUCGAAUCGCUAAUUCGUGACUUUCUUCGUAGCGCUGAUGUUCGCUUGGGCGCGAAGGAUGGGGCAAGUGAAGUGAAGAAGCACCCCUUUUUCGAGGGCAUCAAUUGGCUUGGAUUGCGUUCCGCUGUGCCCCCAAUUAACCCGGUUGUCACCUCGGACGUGGAUACCUCGAACAUAAAUUUCGAUGAAUCAGAACUCCUUGGUGCUGAUGGCAAGCUCGGUGGGGAUUCCUCGAAUUCUUCCGGCUCGUCUCCGGCUAACCUGCCACGUAUUGCGGGCGCAUUUUCCUCCAAAAAGCCCGUUGGACCUCCGGCUUACUUUACGGGCGAUAACCUAGCUUUCGCUGGCUUCACAUUCAAUCGCGAUGAAAGACAGCGAAUUGAGUCGUUGAGCAGAAAUGCGCCCAUCACCAACGGUGAUGCCAACACAGCCGAGGUCGAGGCUGCACUCUCUGAGGUGCGAGUUCAGUUGAGCGCAGCUGAGAAGCAGGCAGCGAUGGAUAAGAUUGCUGCAAAAGAGGCCCAACGACGGUUGGAUGAUGUGAAAUCUGAACUAGAGGCAACGAAGUUAGAACUCGAACGACUGGGAGAGGAGACAAAGACUCAGGUUGGUGUACUCCAGUCAGAACGCGACACCCUCAAUGACCGGGUUAAUCGACUCCAGGCCGAGCUUAUGACGGCAACUGAAGAUCUGGAAGCAGAGCGCAAAGCCCUAACCUCAAUUAAGGAAGAACUGGCCAGUGUUAAAGCCGCUCCUCCACCCGUACCACCAGUGCCCGCUCAGGUCACCAGCAGCGCUAAACAACGCAGCUCACUCGCAGACAAUCCAUCGCUUGAGGCUAACUUGGAGGACGCACGACAGCAGGCGUGCAGAGCCGAGGCGGAGCUGAUUACCACACGUCGGCUUCAUGCCGAGGAGAUGGGCGAACUCUCGGACCAGCUCCAAGCAGCCAAGACAUUCUCACAGCUCUACAAGUCACAACUGGAGGAGGCGGAGGAGGUUGCCUCGACCGCUCGCAAGACCAUCGACUCGCUGACCGCCGAGUUGGAGGGUCUUCGCGCCAACUUGCACUCCAGCCAGUCGACUCGCAAGGAGCUGAAGGAGAAGGUCUUCAGCCUGGAGUCAGAUCUCGCUGUGUCGAAAUUCGAGCUGGAGGGAAUGAGGAAGACAUACGACACGGAAAUAAAAGACGCUUCCACGCAGCUUGCCCGCUUGAAAGACCGUGUAGCCAGUCAGGCCGGGACAAUAAGAACAAUGACGGAGCAGCGGGAUGACUUGAUGCAGCAUUGCAAGACACUGGAGGAAAAUGUCUCCAAUCUCACAAAUCAGUUGCAGUAUCUGCGCAAGGAGAACGAGAUCCAGAAGAUGAAGAUUGAACAGACAGUCGCGAAACUGUACGAGGUCGCUUCGGUGGCCCCAGUAAGCAGUAAGAAGAAGAAGAGCACUGAAGCAGCCAAGUUGGCUAGUCUGGAAAAACAGCUGAAGAACUCGGAACACAAGCACCAGAAGGAGGUCUCCGAACUGCAAUCCACAUUGAACCGACUUAAGACCGACAACGAGGAGAAGGCUAGAGCAAUGGCGGAGCUAACUGAGGCUAACCGAAUGCUGGAGAAGGAGUUGGAUAAGGCCAACGAGCAGAUGAACGCGCUGUACGAUUGCUACGACAUCAAGACUGGUGGCGGAGGGCCAGUUGCGACGCGCCAGCAGAACUCGGGCGGCGACUUCUCCAGCAAAUCAUCCCCCACGGGAACACUAACGGAGCCCUCACCACCAAACAACAGGGGCGAGUUUAGUCUCUCUAUGGAGAGCCUUCAAAGCAUCGGUGGUAGCCAGUCGAUCAGUCGGCAAUUGCCCCCGCCCAUUGAAGACGUCUGCGACUUCCCAGCAAAGAUCAAGGGCAAGAAGAAGUUGGCGUGGAUACCCAAGUUUGUGGUUAUAUGCCCAUUCUCGGUGUCAUUCUUCCCAUCUAAGGAACAACGGGACCAGCUCGGCUCGGUGCCGUGUGAAGAAAUACCAAUCCACAAGAUAUUUUCCGUUCGCCCUGGCACCGUACUUGAUCUUAAUUACGCCACUGAAGAGGAUGUUUCCCGCCUAAUUUGCAUAAUUUCCGACGAGAUCACCCCAGACGCCAGUAGUAAUGUUACUUCUGUCCGCGACCCGGACCGCGCAAGCCUGCUAAGCGGCAUUCCAGGCGGCAACGCAAGUGUCAUAUCCGGCAACAGUAACCUCAUAUCGUGGCACGGCCACGCCUUCCAACCGAUGACCUUCCGCAUCAUGAAUGCCAUAUGCGAGGUCUGUCGGCGUUCCUGUUCUGAUCUUCGUGCUCCCCCACCAGCUCUUGAGUGUAUCCGCUGCCGAAUGCGCAUUCACCGGACACACGUAGAGAACCACGAAAAGUUUGUCGUGUGUCCGAAUACCGUGAAACAGUGGAUUAUUCGUGCGCCAACCCCCGCAGACCGCAAGGCCUGGAUCUCGUGCAUCAACCAGCUCAAGCAGGAGACAAACCUCUCGCUGGCGACAGACGCACUUCAGUCACCUGCCCCCACUGGUAAAUCCAACGUGCCUGGCAUGCCUAUACCGGGAGCCAGCACAAUCCGCUACCGGAGUAUGCGCAACUUCGGCGGGAUCGGUUUGAAAGACUUGGCCGUGAGACGGUCGGUUGCGGUUACCUUUCCCCGACACAACAGUAGCUCUGCCGUGGCUGGGUCUGUCACUCCUGGAACAGUGCUACAGUCGCCACCAGCUUCGGCGAUGCCUUCGCACCCGAAUCCGAUUUUCGAGAGCCAGCACGAUUUGUAA